AGUUCGCUUUUGAUGCAUCAAACUACAGCCUCACCAAUUUUGUGUGGCGAAUAACGAGAUAGCAUUUCGCAAUAUCUCCUCCCUCUACACACCCACGAUACACGAACCAAACCAGAAGCACCACCAUCAAACCCAUCUUCUUCUUCUUCUUCUUCUUCUUCUGCAACCAACCACCACACUCCACCAUGGCCAACAUGAUCAUGGCCUCCUCAAAACCUCUCAUCUCACCCACCUCCUCCCUCCCCUUCCCCAAACCCACUCCCCAAAUCUCCCAAAUCUCCCUCCCCAGAAUCCCUAAACUCCCCAAACUCCAACACAUCCUCUCCCUCUCCCCCUCCUCCGCUCUCAAAUCCUUCUCCCUCCUCGCCGCCACCUCCCUCUCCUUCGCCCCUCCAUCCCUCGCCGAAGAAAUCGAGAAGGCCGCUCUCUUCGAUUUCAACCUCACCCUCCCUAUCAUAAUGGUGGAAUUCCUGCUCCUCAUGUUCGCUCUCGACAAGAUCUACUUUACCCCACUCGGGAAAUUCAUGGACGAGCGGGACGCCGCGAUCAAAGAGAAGCUGGCGAGCGUGAAGGACACGUCGGGAGAGGUGAAGCAGCUGGAAGAGCAAGCUGCGGCGAUUAUGAGGGCGGCUAGAGCGGAGAUAUCCGCUGCGCUGAAUAAGAUGAAGAAGGAGACGCAGCUGGAGGUGGAGCAGAAGCUGGGGGAAGGGAGGAAGAAAGUGGAGGCGGAGCUACAGGAGGCUUUGGCUAAUUUGGAGAAGCAGAAGGAGGAAACUAUUAAGUCACUUGACACCCAGAUUGCGGCUCUCAGUCAGGAUAUUGUCAAGAAGGUGCUUCCUCUUUAAAGAAAACGACAUCGUUUUUUCAACCAUUUUCGUCUGUUUUUCUUCUACAAUUUCCGUCUGGGUUUUACCUGGCUUGUAGUUAAAAAUGGUUAAUGUACUUACCAGAUAAAUGUAAUUGCAGACAGAUUGCUUUUGUAACAGGGGAUUAUUUGAAACCCCUCUCUCUUCUUCUUCGUCUUCUUCAAUAUUGUUAAUAGCUUCAAUUGUGUAAUUCUUUUUUUUUUCUUCCCCAUUUUCUGGGUACUUAUAUGAUGAAUUUUGGAAUC